CGUCAUACCUCGCGUGGCCAACGGCUCUCCGCCGCUCAUUGAGUUACAGCCCUCUGCCCGUUCAGUUCGGUUUUAUUCAGUAAUUUAUAGAGGUUUAGGCCACGCUUUAACCCAGUAAACAUUACCGAACCAUCCCGGGAGCUUUCUGUCAUAAAGUGUGCUGCCGCUGGGCUCUCUGCUUGGAUUUAGUUCGGGGGAAGCGGGAGGGGAAGUCCGGGCUGAGCUGGAGCCGAGUGAUGAUGGAGCUGGAGUCGGCCAGUAAUAGAGGGGACCCGGGAGCUGCCGGGGACUCGCUGCAGCCACAGACUCCCAGCAGGCAUGAGAAGAGCCUGGGUCUGCUCACCACCAAGUUUGUGACUCUGCUCCAGGAGGCGAAAGACGGAGUCCUGGACCUGAAAGCUGCAGCUGACACCUUGGCAGUACGGCAGAAAAGGCGUAUUUACGAUAUCACCAAUGUCCUGGAAGGAAUUGGUCUGAUUGAGAAGAAGUCCAAGAACAGCAUCCAGUGGAAGGGCGUUGGUCCAGGCUGCAACACCAGAGAGAUAGCAGAUAAGCUGAUCGACCUGAAGGCCGAGCUGGAUGACCUGGCUCUGCGGGAAAACGAGCUCGACCGGCAAAAAGUCUGGGUCCAACAGAGUAUUAAGAAUGUCACAGAUGACUCCAGUAACAGCCCUAUGGCGUAUGUAAAACAUGAAGACCUCUGUGGAGCAUUCAAAGGAGACACCCUUCUGGCUAUCCGUGCUCCAGUAGGAACACAGCUAGAGGUACCGGUACCAGAAAUUGUUCUUAACGGACAGAGGAAGUACCAGAUCCGUCUGAAGAGUACAUCUGGCCCCAUUGAGGUUUUAUUGGUCAAUAAGGACCCCUCCAGUGCCUCUCCUGUGAUUUUGCCCGUCCCACCACCAGAUGAUGUCCUUCACAGCCUGCCAGCACCAACACCUACCUCCCAGCCGCCCUCUGCUGCCUCCAAGGUCUCCAAAACGCCUUCAGCUCCAGCGACAAAACCAGCGGCAACCACGGCAUCUGUGUCUGCAGCAGCAGAGGCGACCAGCAGCUCGACGCUUAGCCCCGCAGCUGUUCCUCAGCAGCUGCAGUCGUCUGCCUCUUUGGACGGGUCUGCCCCUCCAGCCGUGUUCGAACCCAUUAAAUCAAAUCCGUCUGAACUUUUGGACUUCCCCAAAGAACUCUCUGAGAUGUUUGAUCCAACUAAAGAGAUAAUGACCGGAGACCUGCUGGACGACUUGAUGUCAUCAGAAGUGUUCUCGCCGCUCCUCCGUCUGUCGCCCCCACCCAGCGACCAUGACUACAUCUACAACCUAGAUGAAACCGAAGGCCUCUGCGACCUCUUCGAUGUGCCCAUUCUCAACCUCUGACCCAAUCUACCCAGAAACGUUCUAGAAGCUCCUGCAGCCGUCGCUGAAGCAGAGGGUUAGAGAAGAGUGGGAAACGGAUGGGAUCUGCAGAGUGAUUGAAAGACGAUGCUCCAUCGUCUCGAUGU